AUGUGGCCGUAUGUCAACCAAGAGGAUCUUUUGGAUCCACAAACACUGCUACUAUUGCUCAAUUCGCGUGGUCGCCAUCUGCCCCCGAGUUUUGCCGGAGCAGACGUAGAUGCGAUGCAUCUAGGGAUCGUCUCUCAUGCAAUCGUGCCAGUCUUCCUGAACGAACAUGUCAUGAUUUUAAACGAAGUGACUGACUUGUCUGAGUACGGGAAGCUCAUGGAGUGGUCAGAGCACCCGGAUGCAUUUGAUUGGAUGUACACACAAAAGCAAUUCCACCCUGGUGAGGGCCUGUUGGUAUUGGAGACACAGCAAAAGCUGCUCCAAUUUCUCUGUCGAUGCUGCAUUGAGCUUCUGCACGAUAUCCCCGAGUCGGACUUACUCGGGAUCUCGUUCCCGAUUCUACCGGAACCGGUGCUAAAGUCGGAGGGGGAGGUCAAUGGUUCUGAGUCAUUGGGAGUGAUGGCCACGGAAGCGCCAUACCGCGUUCCAGCCCAACUGGAUCUGGCUCAUGUCCAGUCGCUGCUGGCUGCAAGGGCAUCUGCAGCCGAGGAUCACAUCUGGGCUUUGCGAGAGGAUCCCGACUACUUCGUGACGAAGCUUCUAGAGCUCAAAGAUCACCGCCAGGAGCUGCUGAGAGAUCUGUAUGGUGGGAGUGACCCAAUCCUAGAUCGAGCCCAGAGACGUCUUCUUUGGACGCGAGUGAUCGGCUCGAUGGUGUCGGAUGCGUAUCUCAAGCUGGAGUUGUCCUCCGAGCUCAGUAACCAGGCUAAAAAUUUGGCUGCUCUACAGCAGCGAUAUGCAGGAGAACUAUCCCCCCUGAAAGAGUUGCCGGAAGAGUAUAAGGCUGCCUUGCUACGCUUCCAUCUGUAUCUCCAUCAAGUGGUGAAAGGACCUCUAGGCAGUCUCAAGUUCACUGCGGUGGCCUCCCCGCCUCUCCGAAAAUUCUUUGCUCGUCAGCCACCACCGGACGCCUAUACUACGAAGAUUAUAACGGUAUCAAAGCCUGGCAUUAGGAUGGACAAAGUAGAGCAGCGAGUCACUGAUUUGCUUCGCUUGCUGUGGGAGGAUGUCCGCGGGAAACCACAGCCAUCUUCAGUGCCCGUCGCAGAAUCGGAAGUGCUCCUGCAACCCAAUUCCGCGGAUCCCCAGCCCACCUUCACCGUUGAUGCGCGCGCAUUCAAGGUUUUCCGAACGAUCUUCUUCAACCCUGCUAUCACGUCCACACCUGGAGAGAUUCCAUGGAAUGACUUUUUGCAUGCGAUGACAUCGGUCGGCUUUACGGCGAUGAAGCUAUACGGAUCUGUCUGGAAAUUUGAACCAACCGGACUGGAUGUCGAACGAAAUAUACUGUUCCAUGAACCUCACCCCCGGGGCAAAAUUCCUUUCACGAUGGCUCGCCAUUAUGGGCGCAGAUUAAAUAGAGCAUAUGGCUGGUUCGGGGGAUUGUUCAGCUCAUAG